CAACUAAUUCUCUUUCCCAUUCCCUAUUUAAAUCCAAACCCUGCACCGUAACAUCCAUUCUCAACAAUAUUAAAUCUCAGCUUCUUCAAACUUUUUCUCAACUUCAAUUUCGUUUUUCAACAAAAGAAAAAAAAAAUGACGAAGAACAGCGAAUCGACCGCCAUUGACGUGGCCCCUGAGAACCCCAACAGCGGGCCCAUCGGGAAGAAGAAGAGCACGACGCCGCUGCUGGCGGCGCCUGUUCCCGUCCGGCAAGACAGGGGAACCCACCGGAUGAAACGCGGCCUCGCCAUCUUCGACUUCGUUCUCAGAAUCGGAGCCUUGGCGGCGGCGCUUGCGGCGGCCGCGGCCAUGGGAACGAGCGACGAAACGCUGCCAUUUUUCACUCAGUUUUUCCAGUUCGAGGCGAGCUACGAUGAUUUGCCCACUUUCCAGUUUUUUGUUAUCGCCAUGGGAAUAGUUGCGGGUUAUGUGGUGCUCUCAAUUCCAUUCUCCAUUGUUUGCAUUGUUCGUCCCCAUGCUGUUGGUCCUCGCCUUCUUUUGUUGAUUUUGGAUUCGGUGGCACUCACACUGACCACGGUGGCUGCAGGGGCGGCUGCAGCGGUGGUUUCCCUGGCCCACAGCGGGAACUCGAGCACGAACUGGCUGGCGAUCUGCAACCAAUUUGGGGACUUCUGCCAGCAAGCCAGCGGCGCCGUGAUCGGCUCUUUUGCUGCAGUGUUGCUGUUCCUUCUCCUCAUCUUGUUCUCUGCUCUGUCCCUCAAACACCACUGAUCAAAAUUGGUUCUUGAUCACUUGCAAGAUUUUCUACAAAUUGGGUCAAUUUGGUAUGGUUUUGUUCGUGUGGUGUGAAAUCCUCUGAUCUGUUGCUGUGUUUGUGGAAUUGGGUUCUAGGAAUUGUUGUUGUAACUUUACUUUUUUCUCAUUUUUCUAAGAUUUUUAUAUAUUGUUGCCUUUUGGUUUCUUGUGUAAAAAUGGCUUCCAAGAAUUGGAAAAGUUGUGCUUUUAUGUAUGUAUGUGUGUAUAUUUUAGCGA